AUGACGGGGCGGGGUGCGGGCGGCGGGAAGGAGCGUCGCGGCGCGCGGGAAGCUCCCCUGCGGCACAGGAUGAAGCCACUGGCAUCCUGCCUGGGCCUGUGGCUCCUCUGCCAGCUCCCUGCCCUGGUCUCCGGGACGCGCGUGGUCUACAAGGUGCAGGAGGAACAGCCACCCAACACGCUCAUAGGAAGCCUGGCCUCUGACUAUGGCUUCCCAGACAUGGGGCACCUCUACAAGCUGGAAGUGGGGGCCCCCUACCUACGUGUGGAUGGCAAGACUGGGGACAUCUACACCACAGAGACCUCCAUCGACCGCGAGAGCUUGCGUGAGUGCCAGCACCUCCUGCCCGGAGAACCCUGCUACCUGGAGUUUGAAGUGUCCAUUACCGACCUGAUAAUGAACAGCAGCCCUCGCCUUCUCGAGGGGCAGAUAGAGGUGCUCGAUAUCAAUGACAACACCCCCAACUUUGCCUCUCCUGUUAUCCCUCUGUCCAUCCACGAGAACACCAACAUCGGGACACUCUUCCCCAUCCCCAUGGCCAUGGACCGUGACUCAGGCCCCAACGGCGUUGCCUCCUAUGAGCUGAUGGCUGGCCCUGAGGCGCAGGAGCUCUUUGGGCUGCAGGUGGCCGAGGAUCAGGAUGAGAAGCAGCCACAGCUGAUCGUCAUGGGGAACCUGGACCGGGAGCAGUGGGACUCCUACGACCUGACCAUCAAAGUGCAGGAUGGAGGCAAUCCGCCACGGGCAAGCAGCGCCCUGCUGCGCAUCACCAUCCUGGACAUGAAUGACAACGCACCCAAGUUUGAGAAGGCCCUGUACGAGGCAGAGCUCUCUGAGAACAGCCCCAUAGGGCACUCCGUCCUCCAGGUGAAAGCCAAUGACUCAGACCAGGGCGCCAACGCCGAGAUCGAUUACUCCUUCCACCAGGCCUCAGACAUGGUGCGCCGUCUGCUGCGCCUGGACCGCAACACGGGGCUCAUCACGGUGCAGGGGCCCAUCGACCGGGAGGAUGUCAGCAUCCUUAAGUUCUCCGUGCUGGCCAAGGAUAAGGGUGCCAACCCCAAGAGUGCCCGCACUCAGGUGGUGGUGACCAUCAAGGACAUGAAUGACAACGCUCCCUCCAUAGAGAUACGGGGCAUAGGGCUCGUCACCCACCAGGAUGGUAUGGCGAACAUCUCGGAGGAUGUACCAGUAGAGACAGCUGUAGCUCUGGUGCAAGUAUCUGACCGAGAUGAAGGUGAAAAUGCCGUUGUUACUUGUGUGGUGGCUGGUGAUGUCCCAUUCCAGCUGCGGCAGGCCAGUGAAACGGGAAGCGACAGCAAGAAGAAGUAUUUCCUGCAGACCACCACACCACUGGACUAUGAGUCAGUGAAGGACUACACCAUUGAGAUUGUCGCAGUGGACUCGGGGAACCCACCCCUAUCCAGCACCAACUCCCUCAAGGUGCAGGUGGUGGAUGUGAAUGACAAUGCACCCGUCUUCAGCCAGAGCUUCACUGAGGUGGCCUUCCCUGAGAACAACGAGCCCGACGACCUGGUGAUGGAGGUGAGCGCCAGUGAUGCCGACAGCGGCUCCAACGCCGAGCUGGUUUACUCCCUGGUGAUGGACCCCUCCUCCAAGGGCUCUUUCACCAUUGACCCCGACUCUGGGGAGAUCCGAGUGAAAGCAAUGCUGGACCGAGAACAGCGGGAGCGCUACGAAUUCUUGGUGGUGGCAGCAGACAAGGGCAGCCCCAGCCUCAAGGGCACAGCGUCUGUGGCCAUCAACGUCAUGGACAGGAAUGACAACGACCCCAAGUUCAUGCUGAGCGGCUACAACUUCUCGGUGAUGGAGAACAUGCCGCCCCUCAGCCCUGUGGGCAUGGUGACGGUGAUCGAUGCUGACAAAGGAGAAAAUGCCCGCAUCCAGCUGUCGGUGGAGCAAGACAACGGGGAUUUUGUGAUUCAGAAUGGCACCGGCACCAUCCUAUCCAGCAUCUCCUUUGAUCGGGAACAGCAGAGUACAUACACAUUCCGACUCAAGGCCGUGGAUGGUGGGGACCCUCCUCGGUCUGCCUACGUGGGGGUGACCAUCAAUGUGUUGGACGAGAAUGACAAUGCCCCCUUCAUCACUUCGCCUUCCAACGCCACCUACAAACACAUUCUGCCCCACACCAGUCCUGGCCAGCAGGUGAGCAAGGUCAAGGCAGAGGACAUUGACUCUGGUGUCAAUGCGGAGCUCACCUACAGCAUCAUGGGUGGCAACCCCUUUGAGCUCUUCCAGAUCUCCCCGCACAGUGGAGACAUCACCCUGGAGAAGGAGAUCCUGCGCAAGCACCAUGGCCUGCACCGCUUAGUGGUGCGCGUCAACGACAAGGGCAAGCCCUCACGGCACGGCACGGCGCUGGUGCACUUCUAUGUCAACGAGACGCUGGCCAACCGCACCCUGUUGGACACGCUGGUGGGACACAGCCUGGACACCCCUCUUGACAUUGACAUUGCUGGUGACCCUGAAUAUGAGCGCAGCAAGCAACGAAGCAACAUCCUCUUUGGAGUCAUUGCUGGCAUCGUGGCUGUCACCCUGGUCAUCGUGCUGGUUGUCUUGGUGCGCUACUGCCGGCAGCGGGAGGCCAAGAGUGGCUACCAGGCAGGCAAGAAGGAGACCAAGGACCUGUACGCACCCAAGCAGGCCAGCAAGAGCGGUAAGAGCAAGAACAAAGUGAAGAAGAGCAAGUCUCCAAAGCCACCCAAGCCCACCGAGGAUGAGGAGGAGACAGGGCUGCAGAAAUCGCUCAAGUUCAACCUUAUGAACGACUCCGUCAGCGAUAGCCCCCGCAUCCACCUGCCUCUCAACUACCCGCCAGGGAGCCCGGACCUGGGGCGCCACUACCGCUCCAACUCACCUCUACCCUCCAUCCAGCUGCAGCCUCAGUCGCCCUCUGCUUCCAAGAAGCACCAGGUGGUGCAGGACCUGCCGGCCACCAACACCUUUGUUGGCACCGGGGACAACAACUCGACAGGCUCCGAGCAGUACUCGGACUACAGCUACCGCACCAAUCCCCAGAAAUACACCAACAAGCAGUUACCUCAUCGCCGAGUGACGUUCUCCGCAGCCAGCCAGGCCCAAGACCUGCAGGAUCCCUCCCAGCACAGUUACUACGACAGCGGGCUGGAGGAGUCGGAGACCCCAAGCAGCAAGUCCUCGUCGGGGCCCCGCAUUGGGCCUCUAGCCCUGCCUGAGGAUCACUACGAACGCACCACACCCGACGGCAGCAUCGGGGAAAUGGAGCACCCUGAGAACGAUCUCCGGCCUCUGCCUGAUGUAGCCAUGACUGGGACCUGUACCCGGGAAUGCACAGAGUUCGGCCACUCCGACACCUGCUGGAUGCCUGGCCAAUCCUCCCCCAAUCGCAGGCCCAAGAAUGCCCUCAAACUCUCCACUUUUGUGCCUUACCAAGAUAGAGGGAGUCAAGAGCAAGUCGGGAAUGGCAGCCCCAGACUCUCAGAAGAGCGCAGCACCAAAAUGGCCAACCUCCGCCUGCUCCCCACGUACAGUGCCUUCUCCAAUAGUAGCCAUGAGCCCUGCAAGGACUCUCCCAUGGAGGAAAUUCCUCUCACCCAGACCUCGGACUUCCAGCCAGCCACUACCCCCUCGUCCCAAACCACCAAGAGGGAGAUAUACCUGUGAGGCUGGGCCUGAGAGGCAGGGAGCAGACGUGCUUCUGAGGCCAGUGUCCAGAGGAACAUUUUAAACUUUAAUGCUUUAUUGCUCCUGCAGCUGGUUCUCCAGGGUGUGGGCGAGAUGCCCCAGGGGCUCUGAGGACAGCAGGGCAGGGCAAGGCAGGGAUGAAAGGAGCGCCUUUUUAACCCAAUGUUGUCUUG